AUGAAGGAUCAGGAAGUGUUUGACUUAAUUGACCAGGAGUCGUUUAAACAGGCCCUCAAUUUGGUAGGCCAGCUGACAAGACAAUUCCCGUCUUCGAUUUAUUUCAAAAUCUUGGAACAAUAUACCAAGUUCAAGCAAUCUCCAGGCAAAUAUGAUUAUGCGUCAAAGUUGGCUCCAUUAAUUGAGCCAAAUAUUAGUCUACCCGGUGAUUCCAAGUCUUUGAAGUUGUUGCAUGAUUUUCUCAUGGCACUGAAUUCUCCAAUACCUCCUUUGAAGCCAUAUCAAAUGGCGGUGAAUAAGUACCCUAGCUUUGAACUGUGUGAUAAGUGGUUUGACCAGGCAAUUGAGGAUUUGGACUUUAAUUAUUUGAACAAGGCUUCGUUUCAAUUGUCCCGAUAUUCUAAGAAUUCAAGAGCUAAUAAGUUUUGGAAUGCUGUUGUGCUAUUAACUUGGUACAAAUGUUCUUCGAAUACGUUGGAGGAUAAGGAUAUACGCUUGUUGCCGCAACUUUCUUAUCAGAUGUUGUCACAAUUGAAGCCGUUUAGGGAUGAACAAGAAGUGGUUGUAUUUUGCCAUAUCUGCGGUUUGUUAGGCGAUGAAAAGGCAGAUGAGAUUAUAGAAUUGAUUCUGAAUCAUUGGGGAACCAACCGUGAAGACUCCCUCGACUUAUAUUUGAAAGAUCUGUUGGUUGAUAAUCUUAAAAACGUAGAAAGGUACGAGAUCCUUUACGAGGUUUGCAAAAGCUUGUUGGUACAUUUGGACGACUUCAAAUUGUUGAAGGAUCUGAUUCUCUCGGGUGCCAAAGUUCAAAAAUCGAAGGAGGAGAUAGAAGCACAGUUUUCUAAUAGUCGCAACGGCUAUUUGGCACAUAUUGAACUGAAUCUUAUCUAUGAUGGAGUUAUCACAGAACCAUCUCUGAGGCGUUACUUGGACAAGUUUCACGGGAAACCUUGUUGUGCAAUUGAUAUUGGUCAUUAUAUGGAACAUAUUGAUAGGGCUCUGAUCAGCGAUAUUUUUGAUAGUUACGAACGUGAUAUUGUUUCGGAUGCUAAUAGGAUCAAGCUUUUGGAGUCUACAGAUGUAGAAGAAUUCACGGAACUAUUUUUAAAAUACCAGUCUACUUUGAACAGUAAACCUAAAACAGACUAUUCCAGUUGUUCUUUCUUUAUACUUAACGUUGUUAGAAACUUGUUGCAAGAACAAAAAAUGGACCUUGGGAAAAUCGUAACUGCAAUAUCCAUUUUAGAAUCCUACCAAGAACAAGACCCAUAUAACUAUGAUACCAGGAUUGCUCUAAUAGCCUUAUAUCAGAAUUUAGGUUUGACUCCUAUCGCAUAUCAGCACUAUAGUAUGUUGAAAGUUAAAAAUGUUCAAAAUGACAUUCUUGAUCAUCUGCUGUAUACCAGGUACUCUACUCUCUAUCCGAAUAGGAACCACGAUUUUUUAAAGAAAUCUCGAAUCGAUGAAGGUGAAUGUCAAAUAUAUCAGUCAUUGGAAAGCAUUCCUAGGCUACUCAAAAUCGCCUUUGAAAAAAGUAGUUUCACCAAGAUCCCUGGUAUGUUCUCAUUCUACGAUCAGUUACAGAGAUCUAUCAUGAGGUGGCUCAGAAUUAGCGACCAUUUAAAAUUACUUCGUCUCUGCAAUGACAAAAGGGGGGCUCAUUUAAAGCGCCUACAUUCUGAACUAUUGAAACUAGGAUUUGACAAGUUUGGCAAUUGGGCAGACAAUAGAGACUUUGCGCUAGCUGGCAUCUCUGGAAUUCCAAUAGAAUAUAUGAAUGUUGAUGCCAAUUACGUUACUCUACAGCUGCUACAAGAACUCAUCUUGGAAUGCAUUGGUCUUGGCACCCAUGAUGAAUUGGUUGAUAAAGCCCUCGAGACUAUGACCCUGUCUUUUAGUUGUUUUACCGUUUACGAAACAUGGACAUGGAAAGUUUACGUAGAAUUAUAUCAGCAUGUUCCCGAUAUGACUACAGAGGGCCUAUGGUCUCUUAUCAAUAAUGUGCCAGACUUUUCUCAUGAGCGUGACUGGAAACUUAUCCAUGGUUACACCACUUUGCUCAUGACAUUUAAGACAUUAUACAACAUAAAGCGAAUCAAAGAUGAACCAAUGAAGAAGCUUAUCAAGGAAAAAUUAUGCAGCUUGAGAACUCAAUGUAGUAGCUACUUCCAUGCGUUUGCUCAAGACAUUGAAGAAAGCCAAGUUGAUAAUCAACUCUUGGAUAAAUUAUCCUACAACUCUAUAAAAACGCAGAUUAUUGCCUCCAUUAAUGAGGUUUGCAAAGGUAUACGCAACCUAUAA